AUGGAGUUCCGGCGUGGUUCUUUGCUGCUUGUGGCUCUCGUUGCCUUAGCCUGCGUCUCCCUAUCAUCCGGCCAGUGCGUGAAGGACUGCCCCCCACUCUAUGGCCUAUGCUCGCAAGGCAUGUGCAACAACUCUGCUGGUAUCUUCGGGAAAUAUGUCGUCCCUCCUCACAACUGCUCGAAGACCUACCCCACCAGCCCCAGCAAGCCGUUCUGCGCUGGAGCUUCUGUGAAGCCCAUCACGUGCUGUAACAAGUGCGCCAAUCUUACGGCGGGAUCUUUGGGAACUGCCUUCAGCUGCGCCUUUUGGAUGCACAUCGCUACUGGCCCGGGUGGGAGCUGUAGCGAUUCCCUGUGCGGCAAGUGCAUUCUUUUCCCUUCGGGCACUAUUCCUUCGUGUAACGGCAAACCCCUGCCGGAGGAGAAGGAAUAUGCUGGUGUCGAGUAUCUCGUGAAGGAUCUUGUGGAGGUGUAA